AUGACGAUAUUGCGUUUUCAUCGAGGCCAGACCCUCCACCAGCAAAGAGAUUAUGACUCGCCGAAGGCUCAGAUGAUGGCCUUGCUGCUGGUGUCAUGCCCCCAGAGACGGGGAAACGAGCAGCUGGAAGGAACCCUGGUCGAGGAAGAGGGGGAUUCUGUGGAUAUUUUUUUUCGUGAAAUAGACGUGACUUUCCAGUGUUAUUUGCCUCUUCAAAUGGACCGGCGGACAGAUUGUCAUUUUCAGUGUACUGCAUUUAUUUGGCGUGAGAUCCCAGAGUCCUUGAGACAUAGCGCAUGGCAGAGACUGGAAAAAGGCAAUUCAAGACAGGUAUUAGAUGCUUCAAGGGCUCAGCAGACAUGGCCGCUGAUAGAAAAGAGGACGUGCUGGCAUGGCCAUGCAGGAGGGGGACUCCACACAGACCCGAAGGAAGGGUUAAAAGAUGUCGAUACUCAGAAAAUCAUAAAAGCAAUGCUCGCUUACGUGUGGCCCAGAGACAGGCCAGAUCUGCGAGCGAGGGUUGCCGUUUCCCUCGGAUUUCUGGGUGGUGCGAAGGCCAUGAAUAUUGUGGUUCCCUUCAUGUUUAAAUAUGCUGUAGACAGCCUCAACCAGAUGUCGGGAAACAUGCUGAACCUGAGUGAUGCACCAAAUACAGUUGCAACCAUGGCAACGGCAGUUCUGAUUGGCUAUGGUGUAUCAAGAGCCGGAGCUGCCUUCUUUAAUGAAGUUCGAAAUGCAGUAUUUGGCAAGGUAGCCCAAAAUUCAAUUAGAAGGAUAGCCAAAAAUGUGUUUCUCCAUCUUCACAACCUGGAUCUGGCUUUCCACCUGAGCAGACAGACAGGAGCUCUGUCAAAGGCCAUUGACAGAGGGACGAGGGGUAUCAGUUUUGUCCUGAGUGCUUUAGUGUUUAACCUUCUUCCCAUUAUGUUUGAGGUGGCUCUUGUCAGCGGCGUUUUGUAUUACAGAUGUGGUGCCCAGUUUGCUCUGGUGACUCUUGGGACACUUGGAGCAUACACAGCAUUCACGGUUGCCGUCACACGGUGGAGAACUAGGUUUAGAAUAGAAAUGAACAAGGCGGAUAACGAUGCAGGUAACGCUGCCAUCGACUCGCUGCUGAAUUAUGAAACCGUGAAGUAUUUUAAUAAUGAAAACUAUGAAGCACAGAGAUACGACGGAUUUCUGCAGACGUACGAGAGUGCGUCGCUGAAAAGCACCUCCACCCUGGCGAUGCUGAACUUCGGUCAGAGUGCCAUUUUCAGCGUGGGUUUAACGGCUAUCAUGGUGCUCGCCAGCCAGGGAAUCGUGGCCGGAACCCUCACUGUCGGAGACCUAGUCAUGGUGAAUGGACUGCUUUUUCAGCUUUCAUUACCCCUGAACUUCCUGGGAACUGUAUAUAGAGAAACUAGACAAGCACUCAUAGAUAUGAACACCUUGUUUACCCUACUCAAGGUAGACAGCCGAAUAAAAGACAAAGCGAUGGCACUUCCCCUUCAGAUCACACCACAGACGGCUACGGUGGCCUUUGAUAAUGUAUAUUUUGAGUACAUCGAGGGGCAGAAAGUUCUCAGCGGAGUAUCUUUCGAAGUCCCUGCAGGAAAGAAAGUGGCCAUUGUAGGAGGUAGUGGGUCAGGGAAAAGCACGAUCGUGAGGCUGUUGUUUCGCUUCUAUGAGCCUCAGAAGGGCGACAUUUACCUUGCUGGACAAAAUAUCCGAGACGUGAGUCUUGAGAGCCUUCGGAAGGCAGUGGGAGUAGUGCCUCAGGAUGCCGUCCUGUUCCAUAACACCAUCUACUACAACCUCCUGUAUGGAAACAUCAGCGCCUCUCCUGAGCAGGUGUACGCCGUGGCGAAGUUGGCUGGGCUGCACGACGCGAUUCUGCGAAUGCCGCGUGGAUACGACACCCAAGUCGGGGAGAGAGGGCUCAAGCUCUCAGGAGGAGAAAAGCAAAGAGUAGCGAUUGCAAGAGCCAUUUUGAAGGACCCCCCAGUCAUUCUGUAUGAUGAAGCCACUUCGUCGUUAGACUCAAUUACCGAAGAGACUAUUCUUGGCUCCAUGAGGGACGCGGUCAAACACAGAACUUCGAUUUUCAUUGCACACAGAUUGUCAACAGUGGUCGAUGCAGAUGAAAUCAUCGUCUUGGACCAGGGCAAGGUGGCCGAACGUGGCACCCACCAUGGUUUGCUCGCGCGGCCCGGCAGUAUCUAUUCGGAAAUGUGGCACACGCAGAGCACCCACGUGCAGGGCCUUCGUAACUCCAAGUGGCAGGCAGAGAAGGAAAGCUCGUCCAAGGAGCAGGAGAGGAAGAAACUGCAGGAGGAAAUCAUCAGCAGUGUGAAAGGCUGUGGAAACUGUUCCUGCUAAGUCGCGUGAAACCUUUUCUUUUCUUUUCUUUUUUGACUACGUGUUUGCACUGAAGCAGAAUUGUUUUAUCAAAAAAAUCAUACAUUCCCAUUAUCUAUACUCCUCCUUUUAUAAAAUGUAUUCGAAGGGGGUUUCAGCUUUACAUCUUUCACGAUCGAUUUAAUGUGGCAUCUGUAUUUUUCCCCAAAUUAUUUUCUUGGUACUGAAAUGAGUUAUGCUCAAAUCACAAUUUUUGUUACUAUUUGACUGUACCCGUUUCCAGUUUUUGAGGGCCGAUAGCCAUUCUAUAUCCAUAACCAGAUGAAUCAGAUUGGUUUCCAAAUUUUUGCAGUUUUUCAAACCUCCUUUAUGCUGAUAAUUUAGGUGAAAACUGUUUCUUUAAAUUAAAAAGAAGACAACGAGAGAUACCUAUACUCACAUUCGACAAAGUAUUUGUCACUAUAUACCUUUUUUGAGAAAAAACCUUAACUCUCAUGUUAGUUAUAUAGAUUGUUCUUCAUCAUUAGCCAGCAUUAUAACUGUCAUCUAGUGGUGGGAAUUUUAUUUUUAUACCAAAUGAGGUAUUGCUUUUGUUUGGGGCAAAAAUUUAUAGAUUUCUCUUUAAAGACUUCCAAACAUGAUGUCAUUUGAGAGUUGCUGUGCUGGCAGUGAUCUGGAAAGGUUGAGAAGUCCGUUGCAUUUUCUGUUUCCAUCUUAAAUGCAGAGAAAGAACUAAAUGAGAUAGUGCGUGCACACGUGUGCGUGCACGUGCUCACAUGUGUACAAAGCAACAUCAACUUAAAAUUUAUUAAUGACCUUUCAGUAAAUAGGAGAGGGUUAGAUGAUGAGGACUCUAAUCUGUGUGGGCAUUUCAGAAUUACUUCAUUGCAAGGUCCUCUUUUCCUUUUUCAGUAAUUACAUGAGUUUCUUUAAGCUCGCUGUGACAAGGAGGAGCCCGGACGAAAUAACCAAGUUUUACCUGCUAGAAGUAAUUAAUAAAAUGUUGAUAUAUGUUCACUUA